AUGACCGUCGUCGGCCCCGACGUUCCUCCAGCUGUGGCACAGCGUAUCGAGACCUUUUACCGGGUGUCCGACUACGACACGCAUGACGAGUACAUGGGCUGUUUCACGCCGGACGCCAAGUUCAACAUUGUUGCUCCGCGCCAGGGCCACAAGCAGAUCCUCGAGGGACGUAUCUGGGGCAUGACCACGCGGACCAACCAAGUCCACCGCCUGUCGCAUAUCUGGAAGACCGAAGACAACACAUAUCUAGCCCUCGGCGACAUUGACUUUGACCGGACCGCCGACGGGGCCAAGAUUCGAGACCUCCCCUUCGUUGCCAGGUUUAGAAUGACGCAAGGCGAGGACCCGAAAAUUGACGUUUACUACGUCUGGGUCCCCUGGUUGGAAGCUCCCAGACCCGGUCGCAGUAACAUGCAGACAGACAGGACGAGCUCAACGGUACAGAUGGCUGCUAGAGAUACUGUACAAGUACAGUCUGAGCUUCCCUCCGUUGAGGGGAUUCGGUCGCGGCGUCUUGGAAGGGGUGAUGUGGUCGAGCAACUUGCUACCUGGCCUGAUAAAGGUGAUGUCUGGGAAAUCGUCCACGAAGUCGAAGUACACGAGGGCAGGGAUGCGUCUUGUGAGAACAUUCGGCAGGGUGGUGAUGGAGAGGAAACCGCGGAAGUUGCCAUGCUCGAAAGCGAGGAACUCGAAGACUCGGCGGCCUUCUUGGUCGUAGUAGUCCAUGGCGGGGAAUGA